AUGAGCGCACCGCCACCGCCUUACAAUCAAGUGAGUUCUCUGAUCUAGGAAGUUUCAUGCUAUUAAUCUUUCCAACAGGCUUACAAUCCGUAUCCACCUCCGCCUCCUGGAGCGGUGUACACAGUUCAGCCUGGAGUUCCUAUUGGACAAGGGGUGCAGCCAGCAUAUGCAGUGUAUUAUCAGCAACCGCAAACAGUCAUGUGAGCAUGAUAUCACCCAGAACCACCAUUAUUCUCUUUUUCAGAGUUGAUGACUGUCAUCCGCAUCACCAUCACCAUCACCACGAAGGUCACGGCGGAGGAGGAGAUAUGUGCUGUUUGGCAGGACUCACCGCUUGUCUCUGUUUCUUGUGCUUGAGCAAAUAACUGUUUUCUUUUAGCAUUCAAUAAAAAUUCAACGGGUUUUCUCUUCUCUUUGUUUCUUGCACACUGAUCCUACAGUUGUUCAGAAAAUACUGGUUCUCGCUGUUAUCAGGACAACACGAAAUAACUUUUUCAGAAUUCCAAUUUUUCUGAUUUUUUCUUUUCAAUUAUUAAUUUCAAUUUUUGUCGAAAGGUCCAAAAUUCUUAGAAAUUUCAACAACCAGCACGAUUCGAGCGGAAAAAUAAGAUUUGAAUGCGGAAUAUCUUGGCACGAAAAGGACACAGUUCGAACGAGUGUUACCGUAUCGACCGCGACGCGUCUCUGCCGCGUUGCGCAAAAUCGAAUUGUUUUGCCGCGUUUUUCGCAAUCUGUUCAGAGACGUUUUUUUGGAUUCUGUGUACAUUUAAACGUUGUAAAAUCCACAUUUUUUCGUUCUCAAUUGUUUUAAUCGGUUUCUCUUGCCUGUAUAAAAGCAACAUUUUCAGGAUGGACGCCAAGGUGUACGUUGGCGGCUUGCCUAGCGAUGCCACAUCGCAAGAGGUAAAUUAAAGAUGUUUGGCGUUUGUAUUAUACGUUUAUUGCAGCUCGAAGAGAUCUUCGAUCGCUUCGGAAGAAUUCGCAAAGUCUGGGUUGCCCGUCGUCCACCAGGUUUCGCAUUCGUCGAGUACGACGAUGGACGUGACGCUGAAGAUGCCGUUCGCGCUCUCGACGGAUCGUGAGUGAAUUGAGAUAAAUUAAAACGGUCACAAAUUUUAUUUCAGGAGAAUUUGCGGAGUUCGCGCCCGUGUUGAACUUUCUCACGGACAACGUCGCAAUGGAGGAGGCCGCGGUGGCGGUGGCUUCGGAGGUGGCGGCGGCGGCGGUGGUGGCCGUGGAAGAGACAGGUCAGUUGAACCAAAAUGUUAUCCGCUUUCGAUAAUAUUUUCACCAAUGAAUUCGCAGUCACUAUUCUUUUUCUAUUGCGAUUUCUUUCCAAUUCCAACUCUAGUCAUAGAAGCCGAGGACCAAAUUUUCAAUUUUAGCGGACUCCGCCCGUCCGCGUCCCCAUCUGCCAUCCCAAACUUCACUCUCUUCCACUCCUCUUCAUCUCCUGUCUUCACGACACAUUCUUCUCUUCCGCACCACUACGCGCCUCUUUCUUCUCCCAAAAUCUUCGCCAGCGACUUGUCUCUGACGUUUUUGAUCAGUAAAACUUCGCCGCAGUAGUACCUGAACCGAGCAUCCGACAACCUCGUCUCUUCAUGACUCCGUCGGCCGGCCCUUCGCAUUCAGUAAGAAGGUUUUGGGUGAACUUUUUGUUUGCUGUUUUAUGCCGAACUACGAUGCAGCUGCAACCGACAUAAAAUUUAUUGCCGCUUUAAAUGCUCCUUAUUCAGAUCGCCGUAUCGCGGGGACCGUGGACGCUCCCGUUCUCGUUCUCGUGAGCGUGGACGUGAUCGCAGCCGGGACCGAAGCCGCGACAGAAGCCGCGACCGUAGUCGUGAUCGUAGCCGUGAGCGCAGCCGUGAGAGAGAUCGUUCUCGCUCGAGGUAAUUCACUCAUAUGUCACUUUCACUAUUACCAAGUUGAUUUUCAGAUCUCGUUCUCCUCAAGAACGCGACCGUUCUCGCUCUAAGAGCAGAUCCCGCUCUAAGAGCCGCUCCCGAAGCCGUUCUGCUUCUCCACGAAACUAAAUGA